AUGAAAACUGACAAAAGAAAAGGUGGAAUUGAUCCUCGAAGGAUUUUACGCGUGUUCUCCUACCUCUGGUUGCUGAUAAUUCUGAUUGCUGUGUCUCCAGAUGAAGUUGAAAUAUGGGAAGCUUUGGUGACGCUUCUGUUUUUUCCUGGACUGGUCAUUUUGUCGUUUGUUGUUGACAAAAGAUGUUUUGCAAAAAGUAAAGUCCAAAACAAACAGCUCGAACUGCAGUCUGUGAGCGAAAGAUCAGAAGAAGACCAUAUUUCUGGAAGCACACUAGACAAAGAAUACUUAGCCAGUUUUAUCAAGGAUGUAAAGAAAUACCCUGACUUAUCUGAUGAAGAGGUCGUUUGCUUAGUUGCAGCUCAACUCACAGAGCAAAAGGAACAUAGCCCACUGUGGUAUCGUGUUAGAGCUGUUAGAAAUAUCACAGGAGGAAGAAAACUAAAACCUUGUCUCAAUCGGAAGCUACAACAAGUGUAUAAAACAAUCUUAGAUAAAAAACAAAAAACUUGCGAUGAUCGGGAUGUCGCCAUCGUAGAGUUCUGUGCUGCCACCUGUGCUUGUAUGGAAAAUGCUGGACACGUAGCAGUCAACGUUCAUCGUUAUGGUAACAUAUCCUGUCCUGUAUCAUGCGGAAUUCAAACACUAGAUGGCACUGCAAUUGCUGGAGAGGAUUACGUGCCAUUGAAAACGACAUUAACGUUUGAGCCGAAUGAAACAGUAAAGAAAAUAUUUGUGGAGAUCAUCAACGACAACCAAUGGGAACCUAAUGAAUCAUUCUAUCUAAAAUUAAGGGUUAGUGAAGCCGAUCGAAGACACGCUACUCUUGGACGACUUUGUACUAUGGAGAUUACCAUUAUAAAUGAUGACGAACCUGGAAUUUUGCAGUUGAAACAUCGUCAUCUUCUAAUUAAGGAAAAUGUCGGAAGAGCUGUCAUUCCGGUGAUAAGAACGCAAGGUAUCGAUGGAACUGUAGCCACUAGAUGGCGUAGUAUUAACGGAACUGCUUUGAACGGACGGGAUUACGUGGGAGGAGAACGGGAACUUCAAUUUGGAAAUGGUGAAGUAGAGAAGUAUAUCGAGAUCCCUAUAGUAAAUAACCUUAGUCCUGAGAAGGAUAUGAACUUUGAGGUAGAACUUUUUGAACCCAAAGGAGGCGCUACGAUUGGUAAAGUCAAACGAGUGACCGUCACAAUCACCAACGAUGAUGGUAAUUUAGUCCGUUUGUUAUUUCCCUUUGCCUUUUUACCACCUACUUCGAUACUUGGUGGGUGGCCUACAUUUUUUGUCUCGUUAAUCGUGAUUGGCAUUUUGACCACUAUAGUAGGCGACAUGGCAAGUAUUUUUGGAUGCUUGGUAGGCCUAAAAGACGCGGUUACGGCUAUUACUUUUGUCGCUUUUGGAACCUCACUACCAGACCUAUUUGCCUCCAGAAUUGCCGCCCAGCAAGAAACGUAUGCAGAUAAUGCCAUUGGUAACGUCAACGGAAGCAACUCUGUAAACGUGUUCUUAGGGCUAGGCCUACCUUGGCUCACUGCUGCCAUCUAUUGGAACUAUAAGGGAACAACGUUCAGAGUAUCAGCGGACUCACUAAGUUUCAGCGUAGGGGUUUAUAGUGCAACAGCCGUAUUGUGUCACCUCGUGCUCAUGCUCCGACGACAUUCGGAAGUAUUCGGAAGAGCCGAACUUGGCGGACCGAAAGUCACAGCUAUAGGAUCAUCUAUUGUCCUCGUAUUUCUGUGGCUUGCAUACGUUUUGCUUUCGUCUUUUCAGGCUUAUGGCUAUUUUAGUAAAGAGUGAGCCAUUAAAUAAAGUUAGGGAAGUGAUGACGUUUGGUAGACUUUUUUUUUUGACAACUUUAAGUGUGGAUUUUAUUUGAUUGGCUGUUUCUAGUCUUAAGACUGUUUACAAACAUUAUUAGAUAAUGCAGAAUUACAAGCGAUUAUGUGGGGGUAAAGUGUAAAAC